AUGGCAACACACAAGAGAUCGCGGACCGGAUGCUGGACAUGCAGGGAAGCUGGCUACAAGUGCGACGAACAAAAGCCCUUUUGUGGCCGCUGCAUGAGACUGAAAAUCACAUGCAAAGGAUAUGGCGUCAGGUUGAAGUGGCAGGACGAUGCUGUCAACACGCCAGCAAAACCACCGCGAAAGAGUCGGAAGAAAAAGGUCAUUGAGCAAGAUUAUGCUUUGAGCCCGGUAUCCGUGAAUACCUUUACGUCUACGCCUUUGUUUGGUUCUAGCCCCAGGGAUACGGUCUCGUCACCAGGAUCAGCGAAAAGUCUACCGGUGCUACCAAUCCACGCCCCUGAGCUGUCCUACGGUAUAUCAUCAGAUGAUAGAUGGCUUCUCAAUUACUGGGUAGAUCGGCUUUCCACCCUGAUAUCUGUGGCUCCCAGCACCGGCAUCUUGACCCCCUUCCAGCGCCACCUCACAGCUAUGGCUUAUGAAUCUGCUGCGCUCAGGUCUACGAUCCUUUCAAUGGCAGCAAACCAUCUUUCAACAUCAUCAAACGAUCCAUCCCUGUAUUUGCAGAGAUAUCGCCAUCAGCGAGACGCUAUUCUGGAAUUGCAACGAAUGAUUCAAAAUCCAUCUGAACUGAACGCCGAGUCGGCUCUGGCCACUGUCAUGAUGAUGCAAGUAUCCGCUCGACUCUUUGGCGAAGACGACGAAGCGCAUGUUGCAAAUCACUUGACGGGUGCAAAAGCAAUGAUAGUCCGUAGUCAAGGAGAGAACUGGUUGGCUACCUCAAGCGCACGCUUCCUCAUGAGUCUGUUUGCAUAUCACGACAUUUUAUCGUCUGUUUCGAGAGGAUCUAGCCCCUUGCUGGAUCACGAGACGGACUUUACAGCCAUCGAGGGAGAGCAAAGUCUGGCGAGCAUUGCAAAUGUGCUCCUGAUAGUCGCCCAGAUUAGCCAACUGCAACACACGAUUAAGAUGAGAAGAUUGCAAUCGCCAACAGGCCCCGCUCUAUCGGAAGAUGAAAACACGACUGGCCGGCAUAUUCAACAGAAGCUGCUCGCCAUGGACUUUACCAUCUGCAAGCAAGAAGACGCACUGAAAACCCCUGACAUCAACCGGACAGCUGAAGCGUAUCGUCAUGCAGCUUUCAUCUACCUCUACCGUACCUGGCUUGAUAUAGGUGCUCCAAAUCCAAUCAGCAUGGAUCACAUCGACCAGUGCCUAGCUUACCUGCAAAAUGUCGAUGUUUGUUCGCCUUUGACUACCGCCCAUAUAUGGCCACUCUUCACCGCUGGGUGUGAAGCUAUCGACAACACACAGCGAGAAUUUGUCCGAGAUCGCUUCGAGAAAAUGUAUGCAUUCAAGCGCUUUUCAAGUUUGCGAAGAGUCAUGCGUGAUAUUGAGCACGUGUGGGUGGCAAAGGACAUGGAGCAGCAGACCAAAGGUCAGGAUGGUAUGGCCAAGGUCGACUGCAUACAGGUCAUCUUGAAGAGAAAAGGGCGGGAGGUAGACCUGGCUUGA